AUGAUGCGGAUUGCAGUCGCCGGCGGAAGAGGCUUCGGAUUCCUGCUGGCGACGGAACUAGCACAGGCGGCGAAUGCCUACAACGUCGUCGUUCUAUCAAGAUCUGCAAGACCCGAAUUCGAUCAAUUUGACGUCCAAGUUCACGUCGUGGACUAUCACGACCACGGCAGCCUUGGCUAUGCGCUCCAGGGGGUCGACCUGGUCAUAUCAACCAUCUCGGGCGCCGAGCAGCUGAACCUCAUCGAUGCCUCUGGGCGCGGGCGCGUCCGCAUGUUUGUGCCCUCGGAGUUCGAAGGGUCGCUCAGCCGCCGACAGUCACGCAACGGCAACGAUCCCCUGGAUCGCGGGUCAUCGCAGGCUCUCGCCUUGCUGAAGCAGUGGUCCGAAUCAUCACGAAUGAAAUACACCGUCUUCUCGUGCGGCCUCUUCAUGGAGCGGUUUCACCCCUACGGGCUCGCCAAUACGUUCAACAUCGGCCACGGCUCUGGCGUUGGCGGCGCUGGCGAAUUCCUCGUCAACUUUAGCACGGCCACGGCCGAGUACGCAGAGCGAGACUCCAAGGGGCAUUCAGUACGUGUCUGCCUGACAUCGGUGUACGACGUGGUGCGAUACGUCGUGGCAGCCGUCGACCUGGGACCCUCACAUUGGCCCCAGGAGUUUACUAUGUGCGGGGACCGGAUGACAGUCCGAGACCUCAUCAACGCUUGCAGCACCGCCUCCAAUGCGGUGUUUACGCGGCACGUACGGCAGUACGCGGAGCUGGAGACGUACCUCAGCUACUCUGCUCAGCUGUGCGACUAUGACAAGGUGGCAUACUAUCAGAGGCUCGUUGCGACGGCCAACGGGCGAUACGAUUUUUCGCAGGCGACGCUGAAUGAAGCCGUCAACGGGAGCAGCAGCGUCAACGUACAGCCAGUCACAUUUGGCGCCUGGUUAGCAAGCAUAUGGACUCAAGCAUUUUGA